CAAAUAUGCAGUUAGAGUCAGUUGGAUGCUCCUUAAGUAAUAACAGUUGUGAUGGAGAGGUACCAGCUGAGGCGGAAAGCCCCCGUAUGAAGAAGACUCAAGUCUCAAUAACAUCCCUGGAUGUUGCUACAAAUCCAUUAGAGACCAUUAUGCAGUCGGACUCAGUUGGAUGCAUGUUAAGUAACACCAGUUGUGACGGUGAGGUACCAGAUGAGAUGGAAAGUCAAUGCAAUAAGCAGACUCAAGUCUCAAUAACAUCCCGGGAUGUUGCUACAAAUCUAUCAGAGACACAAAUGUCCACACUCGAGGGUGGAUCAUUGGCGUCAAAGUCCAGUGAUAUUAUGUACUGGAGCACGUCACCAGCUGAAAUAACUGAAGGUGUAUCCCCCAGAUUUGCUUCAAUCGUGUAUCAGGGUUCACCACGCUCUGAUACUAACGGCAACAAUAUGAAGCCGGAGGCAAUUGGAUGCUCCUUGAGCAAUACCAGUUGUGAUGGAGAUGUGCCAGAUAAGAUUGAAAGUCCCAGGAAGAACAAUACUCUAGUCUCAUCGACAUCUCUCAUCAACAUCCCCAAAUUGUCCAUGUUUGAGGGAAGAUCGUUUGUGUCAAAGGUUGAUGAAAUUGUUUCCUGGAGCAAAUUACCAACUGAAAUUAACGAAGGUUUAUCCCACGUUUGUGCUUCAACCACUUGUCAGGGAUCGUCACACACUGAUACUAACGGGACCAAUAGACAGCCAGAGGCAGUUGGAUACUCCUUAAGUAAUACCAGUUGCGAUGGAGAGGUACUGGAUGAGAUUGAAGGACCUGUUAAGAGCAAGACUCAAGUCUCAGCAGCAUCCUUGGUUGUUGCUAGAAAUCCAUCGGAUUCUAAAUCAUCCAUGUUUGAGAAAAGCCUUUUAGAGAUAGGAGAUCCUCCAUCGUUUACUGUACAGAGUCCUGUUGCCUCGGCAACAUCUUUGGAUGGAUCGAUAAAGAUUGAUUUGGAUACUGCCGAUAUGUCAUCCUUCAGCUGCAACGCAGGGACGUCCAUAGAAAAGAAAACUUGUGACUGCCAAACAGCGGUAUCCCUGGAGAGUGAUUCCAAUCCACUCAUUACGAAAUCUUCCAGAUUUGUUGGCUUGGUUACCGUUGAAUCAGCAUCCCCAAUUGCAGUCAAAGAACGGGGGUCAACUGGGGACUCUCUCAGUCACUCAAGAGUGUCGCUGGGAACUGGUGCGGUGGAAGCCAGAAAGAAUUCCAUGGGGUGCGAAAGGAGAAGCGAGAGUCCAUCCCUUAAUAAAAGUCUUGAGAAGGGAAAGAAAAGGAAACUGAAGCGCAGUGGUCCUGAAUGUUCCGAUUUAAGAUCUGAUGAGCCGCUGCCAAAAUUCCCAUGUUUGUUCACUGAGACAGAGGAACAUCAAGCUAAGUCUCCAGGAACAGAAGUGACCAUUGAACAUCCACCUGCAGAGGAUCUGGGUGAACCGACUGACCCAGAAACAUCCACAGGGAAAAAUAUAUCUCAACAACCUAAAGGAAAAACAAGGAAGCGAAAGCGUAGCGCUCCGGAAAGUCCAGAUACAUCUGAGAGAGAGUCUGAAGAGCCAUUACAAAAAUCUCGAUGUUUAGUCAUGGAGACAAAAGAACCACAAGUUGUGUCUCCACAAGCUGAAGAGCCGAGAGUUAAAGUGGAAAUCGGAGCAGAUCCCCAAAGUCCAGAAGCUUUGGAAUACGCUCAUUUCUGCCUCAGAAACGCUUAUCACGCGCUCCUUGGUGCCACAGCAAAAAAUAUAACCAUCCAAACUCAGGUUACUGUUGAGCCUUCUCAGCGAAACAGAGGGCGCAGGAAUCGUAUCAAAAGAGUGUGGAACGGGGAAUCAUUUGUUCCUGAGACUGAAGUACAAGUACAAAGUGAACCCUACAAACGGAGACGACGACGAAGAAGGAACUGAGAGUGGAAGCACAUGGACAGGGUGUUCCACAGAUAUUUUUUUUUCUACAAACUAUUACAACUUGGAACCAAGA